AUGCAGAAUAGAUUGGGAAGUGUUAUUAGUCGACAACAAGAUCGAAAUGAUGCUGGAUUAGAUUCGAAUCGGCCACAAACAUCGACUUCGACAACAAAUCGACCAAUUUCGCAAGCAUCGACUAGACCUGAAUCAAGGAUUUUGGAACGUGGGUUGAAUAUUUUGCAAAGUUGAAAUCUGACAAGAAUGAAUUAAUUUUUUAGAGUUGAAAAUACCAAAUGUUCGACUAGUUGCAACUACAACACCGCCAUUACCAGUUCCAACAGAACAAUUGAACGAAGUUGAUGAAACAGUUCCGGUAAGUUGUUUCAAAAUUAGGAAAUGUUUCAAUUUCUCAAAAAAAUCUGAAUUUUAGCAGAAAAACUUUUCUUUAAGUGGUUUUUCAGAAAGUUGCGAGUUUUUCUCUAAAACCGGAAACACUUUAAAACGUUUUUCUAUUUUGUUUAGCCCUUAUUCGAUUUUCAGGAAACAUCGGAAUCUCAAAAACAUCGAGCAACCGAAGAAGCUGCUGUUGAAGAUAUGGAAAUUGAAGAAUCACGAUCUAACGGAACUUUAACCGCAGUAUCUGUAACAAAUGGAAACGACGCAAUUGUAAAUCAAGAAAUUGAUGAGAAUCAACGUGUUUAAUAAUUUGAUUACUAAUUUUGUAUCUGUUUACAGUGUCUUCUUCGCCAUCAUCUUUCGUUUUGA